GAUACAAACCCUUCUGUGUAUGUUAUAGCUUUUACAAACGAUGUAAAGUUUAUUACUGAAUGUAACACUGCAGUGAUUCUAACGAGUGUCCAAACAGCCAGAAAACACCAGGUGAAGUGACUGAAAUCUACGAUAUUGUAAGGAGGAUGUUUAUUAAAGAGGAGAGCGAAGACAUAAAGAUUGAAGAAGCAUUUAGAGUGAAACACGAAGCGUCUGAGGAACAAACAGACCCAAUGGCACUGAAAGAGGAGAGGGAAGUACUCGAUGAAAUUGACGUGAAAGAUCAAUAUGAGGAUCUUCUUGAUUUCACAACUGGAGAUAAAUCUUUUUGUUGUUCACAGACUGAAAAGUCCUCCACACGAAAAACAGCUCAAAAGAGAGGGGAAAAAAGUGAUUUUACUUGUUUUAAGUUUGGACAGAGUUUCAAUCAAAAAGUAAAACCUCAAGUCCAUUUGAGAACUGGAAAGAGGCAUUUCACUUGCCAACAGUGUGGAAUAAGAUUCACUCUAAAAGGAAGCUGGAACAGGCACAUGAGAAUUCACACGGGAGAAAAGCCUUACACCUGCCAACGAUGUGGAGAGAGUUUUGCUCUACAUAGAAACCUUAAAUUCCACAUGAGAUUUCACACUGGAGAGAGCCUUUUUACCUGCAAACAGUGUGGAAGAAGUUUCAAAAGAAAAGGAAACCUUCAUUCCCACAUGAGAAUUCACGCUGGAGGGAGCCCUUACACCUGCCAACAGUGUGGAAUAAGUUUCACUCAGAAAGGAAGCAUUAACAGGCACUUGAGAAUUCACACUGGAGAAAAGCCUUACGCAUGCAUUCAGUGUGGAAAGAGUUUUGCUCAACUUGUAAACCUUAAAGUCCACGUAAGAAUUCACACUGGAGAGAGCCCUUACACAUGUCCUCGGUGUGGAAAGAGUUUCGAUAAGAAUGAAAACCUUAAAGUCCACAUGAGAAUUCACACUGGAGAGAAGCCUUAUUCAUGCCUUCAGUGUAGAAAGAGUUUCAAUACUCAUGGAAGCCUAAAAGUCCACAUGAGAGUUCACACCGGAGAGAAGCCUUACUCCUGUCUUCAGUGUGGAAAGAGUUUCAGUAAUCAAGGAAACCUUAAAGUCCACAUGAGAAUUCACACCGGAGAAAAGCCUUACUCAUGCCCUCAGUGUGGAAAGAGUUUCACUCAAAAAGUACGCUUUGAAGCCCACAUAAGAAUUCACACUGGAGAGAAGCCUUUCACCUGCCAACAGUGUGGAAAGAGUUUCAAUCAACAUCGAACCUUGAAAGACCACAUGAGAAUUCACACUGGUGAGAAGCCGUUCACCUGCCAACAGUGUGGAAGAAGUUUCACUCAAAAAGGAACCUUUAACAGGCAUAGGAGAGUUCACACUGGAGAAAAGCCUUACACCUGCCAACACUGUGGAAAGAGUUUCUGUCAACGUCGAACCAUAAAAAACCACAUGAGAAUUCACACUGGAGAGAAGCCUUUCACCUGCCAACAGUGUGGAAAGAGUUUCUUUCAGCGUCGAACCUUAGAAAACCACAUGAGAGUUCACUCCGGAGAAAAGCCUUACACCUGCCAACAUUGUGGAAAGAGUUUCUGUCAACUUCGAACUAUAAAACACCACAUGAGAGUUCACACUGGAGAAAAGCCUUUCACCUGCCAACAGUGUGGAAAGAAUUUCUAUCAACAUCGAUCCUUAAAAGAACACAUGAUAGUACACACCGGAGAAAGGCCUUUCUCUUGCCAACAGUGUGGAAAGAGUUUCUAUCAACAUCGAACCUUAAAAAACCACAUGAGAGUUCACACUGGAGAAAGCCCUUUAACCUGCCAACAGUGUGGAAAAAGUUUCGAUCAACAUCAAAACUUAAAAAAACACAUGAGAGUUCACACUGGAGAGAAGACUUUCACCUGCCAACAGUGUGGAAGAAGUUUCAACAGAAAAGGAAACCUUAAUGUCCACAUGAGAAUUCAUACUGGUGAAAAGCCUUAUACAUGCCCUCAGUGUGGAAAGUGUUUCACUCAAAAAGUGUGCUUUGAAGCCCACAUAAGAAUUCACACUGGAGAGAAGCCUUUCACCUGCCAAAUGUGUGGAGAGAGUUUCAAUCAACAUCGAACUUUAAAAGACCACAUGAGGGUUCAUACCGGAGAAAAGCCGUUCACCUGCCAACAGUGUGGAAAGAGUUUCACUCAAAAAGGAACCUUUAACAGGCAUAAGAGAGUUCACACUGGAGAAAAGCCUUACACCUGCCAACAGUGUGGAAAGAGUUUCAGUCAACGUCGAACUUUAAAAGACCACAUGAGAUUUCACACCGGAGAGAAGCCGUUCAACUGCCAAUAGUAUGGAAAAUGUUUCACCCAAAAAGGAAGUGUUAACAGGUAUGAGAAUUCACACCAGAAGAAAGGCAUAUACCUGUCAACAGUGUUGAGAGUUUUGCGCAACAUGGAAACCUUCAAGUCCACAUGAGAAUUCACACUGAAGAGAGUCUCUUCACUUACCAGUUUCAACUGAAAAGGAAUUAUUAACCCUUUGGGGUCAGAGGAGGUUUUUGGGCCCUGGUGAUGUUUUGACUUGCCCUAACAUUUGUGCUUAUUUCAGUUUUUAAUUGGUGUUUACACUGUAUUCAGUACAAACUGUUACAAUAAUGUGUGUAGCAUGUAUGUAAUUUUUUUUUUUUUUUUUGAGGAAACAUUUAAGUGUGGUUAAUGGAAAAAAAAUAUUUUGUAAGUCACUAAAAUAAGCCCGUAAAUGCAUCCUGAACAUACUUUAGAGAACUUGAUCCUGUAGCCCAGUGUUUCCCAACCGGGGUGCCGUCUGUCG